CCUGACCCGCCACAGAGUUUUUCCAUGCGGGAUUCAACUGGCACUUUGUGUUCUUACACUUGUGUUACCUCUAGUAAAUUUUUCUGGGAUUAGGAUAACCAUUUUCACAGGAUUUUAAAGCAAGAUUAUCAAGCCUGUCUACUGAAAGUCUUUCAACAAGUGAUUAUCAAGACCUGGCAAUAACCUCCGGUGUUAUAUACGCUCUGGAGACAAUCAUCUUUGUCAAGAGAAAUCUGACCUGGUGUAUCAUGGUGUGCCUAAAAUGAGAGGUGACCUUUAGAUGUUGGAACUGAAUGAAGAGCAGUCCAAACUGCUGGAAGUUGGAGUCCACAAUGCAGUGGUUCUGCUGGCAUGUGCCAGCAAAGAUGAGCCUGGGAUUUCUGUGUCUCUUUCUGGUUUGCAACACAGCUUCAUGCUUGAGAAGAGAACAGAAGAAAGAGAAGCAACUGGCAGUGCUGGCUACUGCAGAGCUGCCUGCAAAGUCGGUGGAUCUGGCUUCUCUGAACCUGACAGAGCUGGUGAACAGCAUGUUGAACACCACACUCAGAGGUACCAAAAAACUCUUCUCCUUGUUGAGUGUCACAUCUUACAGCUCGUUUGCCUUCCACAAAGUCUCAGUCACCAUCUAUAACAUAUCUAACAUAAAAAAUGUUGACCCUGGCAAGUUCCCUAUGCAUUACUGCUACUGUGUGAACAAUGUGACAAAUGACUUGACAGAUUUUACAGCUUUACUUGUUGAUAUUAUUGGAAACUCCACCAGUUAUCUCACUGAAAUUUUCAAAUCCACUUCUAUUCUCUCAGUGCGUCAGAGCAAUGAUUCAGAUUGUAUCUACAUCUGUGUGAUGACAGGGCAGACAGGGAGAAAUCUGUCUGACUUUUGGGAAACACUGGAGAAGUCUCCUGUUAUUAAUUACACAUUUUCCAGUAACACAUCUUCUGAUUUGGAUGUAGAUUCCAUUUUUUCAAGUUUUAUGAAAUUGCAGGAAGACUCAAACAAAACAGAGGAUCCAUCAGCAGAACACUUGUGGACAUUCAAAACUACCAGGAUCCCUCUUGCCCUGAAAGGGACAGAAAUCCCCACCAUGAGUUUCCCACCAUGGCCAAAGACAGUUGGGGUGAAAGGAUCGAGGUUUCCAUCACCCAAUGUGGAUGUUUCCAGACCACGAGGGACAGCUGGAGCCCCUCUAACUGCUGGGGGGAGCCGGGCCCCACCGCCAGCCCUGCAGCCCAGCCCCGGUGCGUACGAUGACAUAUUUGCAACUUGGAUGCAGACAGUGUCUCCUCAAGAAACCAGGAAACUGAUGCAAACAGAGGCAGAUUUGCCUUCUUCAGUGCUGUCCACACCACCCUACAGGCCUGGGGCCACACUGAAACUUUACUCAGCUACCAGGUGUCCUCAGGCAUUCCUCCAAGAGUCCCGUGUGACCUCGCCACCUGUCACCCUGAUAGUGCAAAAGAUCAACCCCUGUGUGAUGGAGCUGUGUAGGUUUUUUCAGCUGUGCCUCUGUGUUGGUGGGAGAAGAUAUUCCCGAAAGGAAGCCAUGAGGUACUGCGUUGAAUACUAUUCCUGGUUCUUGAAAAAUGCAAAUUAUGUGUGUGAAAAAGUCAAGAGAGUUGCUUACUCCCACACAUUAAAACAAAAAUGCCUUAAAAACAUCUGCACAUCGGUCUAGAGCACUGGGGAAUUCAACUGCAAAUUGGAAGAUUGGUGGCAGUUUUAGUUGUCUCUUUCAUUUCAGUGUCCAAAUCAGGGUGCAACAUGUUAUUUGCAAAUAUUUGUAAGAAGACAAGCUAUUAACCAGAUGCGGAUCUAGAAAUGUGUCUUCCUCUGCGGCACUGUAAAAAUAAUGUGUAAAAACCAGUAUAUUUUAUACAGGUUAUGUGAC